CCUGGCGGCUUGCCCGCUGACCCCAUCCGCAAGACACUCUGUGAUCGUCCCUGCAUCCCUGCCCUGUCAACUCCUCGGGGGGCACGGAUGACGUUGGUCGCACUUCUACAACCUAUCUACCAUCCACAGCCAGCAAUUUCUCGUAGCCCUAUCGUCAUCUUCAUUUUUUCGAAGACAUGUCUGGUUACUAUCAUCAAAAUCACAAUCCAAACAUACCUCCGCAGUAUUACAAUGUCAAUCCAAAUGCGGCCUCCCAUCCUGGGAUCCCAAAUAUGCCGCCACAUAUGAUGGCACCAGAUGGCUCCAUCUUGCCUGGUAUGCACGAAAACCCAAUGUACCAUGGAAUGCCAGGAUCUUUCAUGCCGUAUGGGGACCCCUCGAUGCAGCAGCCAUAUCUCGACCAGUAUGACGAUGUCUCUGGGUCUCUGGGAGGAGUCCAGGGCGCCAAUAGUCGCAUGAGGAGACGAUCAGGUCCUGGUGACCACGUCAAGCACCGGAGAACGAGGAGUGGUUGCUAUACUUGCCGGCAACGCAGAGUCAAGUGCGAUGAAAACCACCCAAUCUGUGAAAGAUGUCGAAAGGGAAAUCGUGAAUGCGUCUAUCCCGAAGCUCAGUCCAAUGCAAAGUCCAGUAGAGGUGCCAAAUCUGGUCAAAAGUCGGGCAACGAGGGUUCGUCUCCUGAGGACCUGGACGACGAUGAUCGCCUUCCUGCUAUUUUGGAUGACGAGGAAGACGAAGAUGAUAUUGCAUCUGAAUCCAAACGAGGUGAAUCAAACACACCAGGCUUGACCGUUGACCACAGUCCAUCACCGUCAACAGAAGCCUCCUCUGCUGCCCCACAUCCUACCCCUCGACCUCCACUUUCUCGCAAAAGCAGCAAUCAGACAACCAAGCAAGCAGCACCUUCGAAGCCAUCCGCGAGCAUUCCACAGGAUGUUAAAUUCUACCUCAGCUACUUCAAAAACCAUAUGUCACACCACCACUAUCACCUCAAGCGCGACAGCAGCAAUUUCCUCAAAUUAGACUUCCUACAGAUGGCAAUCAAAUAUGAGCCUUUGCGAUACGCGGUCGCAGGUUAUGCCGCAUACUUCCACACUCUCAGCAGGCCGGAUGGGCGAAUUUCUCACUUCUUGCAAUACUACAACGAAUCGGUGUCGAGACUGCGCGCUUCCAUUACCAAGAACAAGAAGCAAGGCCUGUCAACAUUCUUGACCAUACUGCAACUCGCAAGCAUCGAGGAGGUGCUUGGAGACUGGGUCAACCUCAUGGGUCAUCAAAAAGCGGCAUACGAAAUUCUCACACGUUUAUACACCCCUCAGACAAUCACACAGACUGAACUCCUUCGCAAAGUCCUGCUCUGGUACAUACGUUUCGAUCUAUUCGUUGGUUUCCAGUCAGGAGGGGAGGCUGUCCUCAGUCGAGACUGGUACGUCGUGAUGCAUGAUUACUAUGCGCAGAGGGCACGCGAGGAUCCCGACAACAUUACAUUGAAGUAUGAGGAGCGUUUCGCGCAUUCUCGCUUGGUUGCCAAGGACUCGAGCGAUUUGUUCGCUAGAAAGGCGAAAGGACUUCUCAGUGACGAAGACUUCAUGCGCCAACUACCCGGGUUGACCGAAAGCGUGAUGAGCCUGGACAAAAAUAUCGAUCCUGCGCUGCUAGACCCAAAGGACUAUGUCACCGAUUUCCAUGGCACACCCGACCCGGAGAACAUUGUCAAUCCAUACGAACCCAACAUCAUCUGGGGAGACGAUCGAUGGACGUCCAACUAUUUACUAUUCGACAUGUACGGAAUUAUGUUCAUGUACCAGGUUCAGAUCUCGAUGGCAUCCCGCAAACCGUUUGACCCCGAAUUGACCAAACUAGCAUACCGCGUAUGCCAGGUUUUCCAAGCGGUCACUGAGUACCCGAAGGCCCCCCCAGGAGCUAUUAUUGAGGCACAAGCUACGAUGGCUAUCGCUAUACUGUUCCUUCCCAAGGACCCUAAGACUGUCCAAUGGUGUCGGCGCACUUUCGCUCGAAUUGAGUCUUCCGGUUAUAUCUAUUCCAAUACGCUUCGCAACCGCAUUCUCGAUUCCUGGGGUAUAGAGCAUUCUGAUUGGUGGCUACCAAACGAUGAGGGCUGCCCUCGUAUCAUUCGCUCUAUAAAGGACUUCAUUACUGAGCGAAUGACUGCACCGAGAGAUCAGACCUCCGAGGACCUCCGAGAGAUGAAGGGUAUAUUCAGUACUCUCACCAUAUCCGAUUCGCCAUCAAAUUCCGAUGUCACAAGUACCAGUCCCAUCGACGGUGUUCUAAGUGUACCAUCUAAUAUAGAUGAGACGCUCAUUUACACAGGCGGAUCUCCAGAGUACGAUUUGAGUUACGAAAACAGGUUCUCAGGCGCCGACCCAUACCAAUCAGGCUCCAUCCCCGGACCAUCGGGUCAGUGAGGUUCAGGUCGGCUAUUCACAUUGUCUUGUGUUGCCCGAGAUGUGACCCGACACGACUAAAAUGGUAUAUUUGCUCAGCCCUGUCGUACUGGGGCUUGUCUCAGAUCACACCUACUGGCAUUUGGUGGCACUUUGAUCGAUCGACAUAUCAAGCUUAAUCGGUAGUUUGCAUAUGUG